CAGUCGAGCUCGGACCUUCGUCGGGUGCGGAGUGUGUGUUGUAUCGUCGUGUGUCAGUGUUCAGAUUAUUCACUGAAAAUUAAGGGCUUGUAGCAUGUCUUGACGAGUAGGAGGGGCUCUUCAACGGGGUUUUCGGCAGACAAGGGUUCUCCAAAAUGGCGGGCGGUCAGCAGCUUCCCGAACAGUACACGGUACCGCAGCUCGCUAGGGUCUUCCACAGCCUGCCGCACCUCAACGUCUCUCUUCACUCGGUCAACAACACCUUCAAUCCACAUUCCGAAAUUUAUCUCGAGAGCCUUGGGAUACUUGGCAGUAUACCUGCAGCCUGGUUAAUCCUAACGUUGCUGGUGCUCCUGGUUUACCUGGUAACGAGAUGCUGCGACCGGAAGCCGCGCCCCAGGAGGUCGAUAACCCUGCUGAAGUGUUCGCUGGCCAUCCUCGCGCUGCUCUGCAGCGGAGCUGUUGCCGUCGGCCUCUACGGUAACGACGACGUGCACAACGGUCUGGUGCAAUUGGUGGCCGCCGCGAAGAACGUCGAUGGUAUUCUCAUGGGUAUAAGGAAUCAGACUGACACCAUCGAGGCGACACUGAAGGGUAAGGUGCAACCACAAUUGACCGCUUUGAGGGACGAAUUCGACGAUCCGGUCAGCAAUAAAACCAUGCUCGAUCAGUUGUUGAUCGCGAUGCAGAACAUGAAGCAGAACACGAGCACAGCCGUGAACCAGAGUUUCGAAAUUCGAAAACCACUGAGCGGUAUCAGCCUUGCUGGCGCGAUUGGCAUGGGAGAGAAGAUAGAGCAAUUAAGGUGGCCGGUCACCAUGGCCGUUCUCAGCGCCCUCCUUGUUCUCUGUGUGGUGCUGGUCGUCGGUGUGGCGCGACAUUCCAGAUGCGUUCUCAUAACAUUCUCUGUGUUCGGUUUGUUCGCUGUGAUUGUCUCCUGGCUGAUGGCCUCGCUGUAUCUCGCUACUUCAGUGGCUUUAGGUGAUCUCUGCGUGUCUCCUGAUGGCUACCUGACCAGAGCAGUACCAUCCACGCUAACCUCUGAAGUUCUUUCGUACUACACGCAUUGCGAGAACACACGUAUAAACUCGUUCACUCAGCGAUUGCGCGAUGGUCAGACUGCAGUUAGCGAUAUGAGAGAGAAUCUAAACACUGUGACGAGGUUGGCGCUCGAAUUGUUCCAAAAGCAACAGCUACAGCCGAAGCUGAACAGUCUCUCGAUGGACGUGAACACUGUGAACAAAUUGAUGUCGGGAUUGGCCACGUUGCUUGAUUGUAAACCGCUUCAUAAACAAUACGUUCAUGCUGCGAAGAGUUUGUGCCAUUUAGGACUGUACGGAUUAACCUUCAUGCUGUUGGCGAGCCUAGCCGCGGGUCUGUUCUUCACCGUGUUAGUCUGGGUGGACUCUCACACUUGGAUCUAUAUUCGAAAGCGAAGAGAUUACCAUCAAGUCGACGAGCAGGACCCGUACCUACCGCCAUCGGCAGCUUCACAGGCGAUAGCAGCGCGGACCCUUCGAGGCCAAGGGUCGUACCCGCCUACAGCCCCUUCUGUAUUUUAUCCGAAUGCUCAUGGCACUCAAAAUACCAUUAAGCAGCCUCUCUUGCUAACGCCGCCCCCGCCGUCCUACGCUACUGCGACUGCUCGAGCACGUCAGCUGCACGAGAGCAUGCUAAAAGGUGGGGGUAUUAACGGGAGCGGAGGAGGCGGGGAUCACAAAUCGUCUCAGCAUAAUCAGCAGUCGACAGGUGGACGAGCUGAACACCGUUCUGGGCUCGGAGAUCAACCUGGCCAGUACGCGACUCUGAGCAAACAAUGCAAGACCCUUGAGUCCAGUAGAGAACCACCUUGGACACCAAGCGUGGCAUCCUUCACCGGUACCCUGUCUCACAAUUCUCAUGGACCUGCUCAUCUGGCCACUUUCCAGGAUUCCCGCAAGACACAGACUCUAGACCCGAAAAAUCUAGCGAAUCUGAAGAGAGGACCGACUCCGGCUUGGAAUCAAAGUCGUCCGUUGCCACCGAAUCCCAGCAGUCAACCCACUUGGGAAUUCGAAUCACGCUCGCAAACAAACAUGAAUCAUUUUCGGUCCCUGGUACGAAACAAGGCGCCGAACAUUCGUAUUCAGGACCAGAUGCAAGAUCAGGUGCGUACGUUAGACCGAAAUUUCACCAGGAAUCAGUUUAACGGCACCACACAGAACAACGCCGUACCAAACAUGUACGGGACGUAUAAUCGAGCACAAUCGAGGCAAGAAAAUAAGACAACGGUGGCAACGUUGAGUCAAGUACAGGGUAGCGAUCCCAAUUUGUACGCCGUGACGGAGCUGUAAGAUCGAACAAUACACCACCGAACCCAUGCAAAACUGCCAUCUAUCGAAGAAUCUUUGAAACACCUCCGAAGAAAGAACAUUCGCUGUAAUACUUUCUACCGAGGAAUCAUGAAGAAAAAAAACACAAUAUACAAUAUAUCAUUGUU